UGCCCUGACUUCUGCGUCCGUUUCUGUUUCCGUUUCCGGUUCAACAUCUGCUUCUUUAACAUCCAACUCGACGAUAUCAAGUACCUUAAGCGUCAGAUCUUCGGUUUCGGAAACCAUAUCUGUACCAACGACGACUACUUCCGCGACUACUAUUCUCAGUGGUACCGGGCAAGCCUCGCACUCGUCGGAAUCUGCCUCGACUAUAGAAACAACAACUUCGGGCCGGGGAUCAUCACUUACCCUCUCAGUUACGACUUCAGUAUCAACAACGACGGGUACGAUAUCCACAAUUGUGACUUCAGAUAUUCCGGUCUCUGUUCCCUCGAAUACCUCUAGCAUUUUGUCGACCACAGGCUCGCAUGUAUCCGGAAGAUCGUCUUCAAUAUUGUUGUCAACAUUCACCACUUCGACUAUUUCCGGCUCGGCUACAAUUCCAUCAGGGAACCCGAUGUCCAGUAGCUCUGCGCGUUGGACAAACUCGACGUGUAUUUCGGAAUCGACAUCAACCAACCCGGCCAAUGGACAGACCACGGGCUCAUCAACCAUGUUGAAUCCGACUGCUCCCACAUCGGCCUCACCAUUGACAUCUUCGGGCAUUAUUGUAAUCAACUCAACAACAACGUCGGCUGGAUCAUUACUCACCUCUUCAGGAUCCUCAUCUGAUCCCACUCCAGUUACGCCCAUCACUGUAAGCGGAAUCACCCCAAGUGACACAACAUGCGUCGAAACUCCGACCGGCAGCUCAUUCCACUAUUUCCCCAACUCCACCAUUCACGAAGUCACCCCAACCCCCCUGCCCGGCGGCAGCGGUAGUGGGUACCUCUCCACCGGCGUUCCGUUCCCGUUCCCAUCUUCUGCACUCAACCACACCUUUAGCAAAUCUACGUCCACAUUUGGAUCACCAAUCUCGACCUCGUCCAACAGCGACCCCUCUUGCACUUCAGCCCCUGCAAUUGACUCCACAGUCGAGAACGGGGACUUUGAGACCGGACUCUCGCCCUGGAGCGUUGACUUAGUCGAUAUUGUAUCAACAAGCUACAAGGUCACAGGUCCCGGCGCCGAUGGGUCCUGCGGCGCAUUCCGUGUUGAUAUGAGGCGGAACCUACAGACGGAUGACUUGCGCGCAAAUCUACGACUCGUCAGCCCAUUAAUCGCGCCGCCGCAACCACCCGGAUCGAAGUGGGUGGUUUCAUUCUGGGUGCGCUUUGGAACCGGCUCUUUUACCAACUUCACCGAAAACUACGAUGCUAGCGACGGCUCCUACGUCAAUUUGUACGCCAACGGAGCUGUAGCACACCGUGUAGACGCCACAAGCGUUGAUACUGGUGGAAACUGGACUCAUGUAAAAGUCCCGUACCUGACUGCGAGCAACGAGCGCAUGCUUCAGCUCGUGUUCUCGUUUGCGCUGGGGGAUAAGGCGGAGACGAAUGAGGUGUGGAUUGAUAGAGUGGCUAUGGAUGCGGUUACCGAGACUAGUUCCACGGCUGUUGGACCGGUGAGUGCCGGUGUGACUUCAAAGCCUGUUGUAGCUCAGGGGUAGAGGGCUAGAUUGUAGACAGUUUCUGUUUUUGGUGUUUGUUUGUAGGAUAAGACUUUUUUGUAUACUAUAUUCAUAUUGGGAUAUAUUAGAUUGUGUAGGAUAGUUUUGGUUAGUUCCUUUGUUAGUAAUUUUCCUAUUGUCCCUGUAAUAUAACCCUAUAAAAAUCCAAAUUGUCG